CCUCCCGAAGGAAUGGCGAAGGCCCGGCCCAGCGGCUGCCUGGAGGGACGACCUUUCCCCGGGCUUUCUCUCCCCGCUUUUCCUUGCCCCGCCGACCCUCGCGUCCGCCUUUCUUGAAAGGGAAGGCCUUCCCGGCCUGGAAACCACGCCCGGAGGACAGCCUGGUAAACCUUGACAAAGAAAGAAAGAAGGAGGGAUGUGAUAGUCAGGAGGUGAAAGACAGCGAGAAAAAGAUAACAGAGGAUAACAAAAAUGAGGACUCCACAUCGACCAAAGAUGAUUUACAGGUGCAGUCUGAUUCAGACAUGAUUGACCUGAGUCAAGGGAAAGAAGAGGAGGAAGAGGAGGAGAACAGCAGUGAGGAGAUAGUGGAGUCUGGCAGUAUUGGGAGCAGAGAAGACGACGAGCCGCUGGCUGGGAGGCUAGAGGAGAUCAAGCAGCGCUACGGCAAUUUGUGUCAGAACAGCACUGUUUUCCAAGAAAUGAUACUGCGGCUCAAAGCCGGAUGGAGGAACCAAAACAAGGAGCGGGAUUGUUUGCCUGGGGGCUCGGAGCGACUGCAACUGAAUAGGAUGAUGUGGGGCGGAGACGAAGUCAGCUUUCCCCCCAGCAUUGGGGGCCAGUUGGACAGUCCCUCGAGGACGGUGGACUGUCUGCUGGAAGCCAGAGCUCCAAUUUCGAUCCCGUUUGGCGGGGGCUUCUUUGACUUCAGCGAGUUUGCGGUCCAACAGAGUUUCCUCCAGAGGAAAGGCCAAGAGCUCUCCAAAACGUUUGGGCCGGGCCUGAGCUCCAGCAUGGUGGAGCUUCGGACUCCGGAGAAGCCGCUGCCGGCGGAGAAACCCUACGAGUGCAACGAGUGCGGGAAGAGCUUCGGCAAACUCGCCACCUUGAACACACACAGCCGGACCCACGCAGGGGAGAAGCCCUUCAAGUGCUUGCGCUGCCACAAGGGCUUCAGCCAGAGCUCCCACCUGCAGCUACACGAGCAGACCCACACGGCGGAGAAGCCCUACAAGUGCAACGAGUGCGGGAAGAGCUUUGGCAAACGCUCCACCCUCAACACGCACGGGCGGACCCACACGGGGGAGAAGCCCUUCAAGUGCUCCCACUGCGACAAGCGCUUUAGCCAGAGCUCCCACCUCCAGCUGCACGAGCGGACCCACACGGGGGAGAAGCCCUACAAGUGUGUGCUGUGCGAGAAGAGCUACAACCAGAGGUCCAGCCUCAUCAUCCACGAGCGGAGCCAUACGGGCGAGAAGCCCUACUCCUGCCUGGAGUGCGGGAAGAGCUUCAGCCAAAAGGCCACCCUGGUCCUCCACGAGAAGAGCCACCGGGGGGAGAAGCCCUACAAGUGCCUGGAGUGCGGCAAGGGCUUCAGCCUGAGCGCCGACCUCAUCCGCCACCAGAGCAUCCAUACGGGGGAGAAGCCCUACACCUGCUCCGAGUGCGGGAAGAGCUUCAGCCAAAACUCCCACCUCAUGGCCCACAUCCGGACCCACACGGGCGAGAAGCCCCACAAGUGCCUGGAGUGCGGCAAGGGCUUCAACUGGAGCUCAGAGCUCAUCGCCCACGAGCGGACCCACACCGGCGAGAAGCCCUACCAGUGCCUCUACUGUGCCAAGAGCUUCAGCGUCCGCUCCAGCCUCAGCAAACAUGAGCGGACCCACACCGGAGAGAAGCCCUUCGUCUGCUCCCAGUGCGGGAAGGGCUUCAUCCAGCGCUCCAGCCUGGUGGCGCACGAGCGCUCCCACACCGGCGAGCGGCCCUACCUGUGCCUAGGCUGCGGCAAAGGCUUCCGGGAGAGCUCGCAGCUCAUUGCCCACGAGCGGACCCACACCGGCGAGAAGCCCUACGUCUGCUCGGAGUGCGGCAGCUGCUUCAAAGCUAAGGCCGCUCUCCUCCGGCACCAGCGCGGUCACUUGGACCUGAACUCCUUCAUCUGUGCUGACUGCGGGAAGAUUUUCUCUUCAGCCGCCGAGUCCCCGGAGAAGUGUCCCGAGUGCGUGAACCUGAGCCUGAUCUUGGAUCUGUCGCAGGCGUCGGAAGAGGCCGAUCUGGAAACGGCUGAAGGAGCGGGACAAAGCGACGGCGCUAAGAUGUGAACGGGUGAGGCCGGCUGGGCCUUGGGUGUUCUGCUUUUUUCUGCCGGUCAUAACGUCAGUUUCCCUUUCGGAGGGAGCGGAUCCUGGCCAAAGGGACUGUGCCGCGGCUGACGGAGGACCGGUUUUGUCGACGGGAGGUGACUGGGGGCCGCUGAAUACCUUCCCCUCAGAUGUGAUGGCCUUCGCAGCAUUGGUUCCUGUUGCCAAACCAGGCCCAUUUCAGACCCUUUGUGGGGGAACUGGAAAUGCAGAGAGGACCAGAAUCAAGUGGUUACGAAAAUGAAAGAAAAUGCCUGACAUUUUAGUAUCAUCCUUUCCUACCCAGGGCCUAGAAUGCAAGUUCCUCCAAUCUACAGGAGAUUUGGGUCUGGACCCACGGGACGCGCUUUUGAGGCUCUUUUUGGGGGGGGUGCACGGGCCCCCUUGCUGCCAAUCUGAAGAGACUUCGGUUUCACAGAGGUGUGUUUUUUUUAAUGAAUUGUGCUGAACUUGUCAAUGGAUUUGAGCCGUAAAGAACUUUACCUCACUAAAUCCUAGUGAAACGCUUGGAACCGGACUGGCCUUCGAAUCGGGCUUGAGUCAGCCCGCCUGAGUGCAGAGCUGUUGUUUGCCUGGCGUCAAAAAAAUAAUAAUAAUAGUGUCACAACAGCAAAGGGGACAUUAAUGGAGGAGAACUGGUUUGGUCACAUUGGACCUUGAGCAAUUAAUUCGAUUCCUGUCUCUUUCCACAUUUGCUUUAGAUGGCAAGCUCCGCUGACUGUAGUUUUUCAUUAUUUAUUUGAUAGAUAGAUGGCUUUUUCUCCCUUUGGAUGAAAUGAGGGGGAUUUGGUAGGACAUCCCAAUUAAUGUGGGAACAAUCAGUUGCAAGAAGCCUAGAACGAGAGGCCGUUUUCCAGAUGGGCAGGAAAACAUGAUGUCUGAACCCAAAUCUUUUUCAAGAAAUCCGUUCUAGGUACAUCCAGAAGGUGUGGCUCUGUUUGCCAGAGAGGGAAAAACGAAAUUUAAACAGUUUUGCACUUAACUCCUUGGAGGUGGAAAGCUAGUAGCUCAGGGGGGCUAGUGCAAGGCUAUCUCUUGCACUACUAGCAGUGAACCUGUUCCAUAAAUAAACCCAUUUAGGCAGCAUUUCUCCUCACGUCUGUCCUACCGCAGUGUGUCUCAACUUUGACAACUUUAAAAUGGGUGGACUUCAAGUCCCAGAAUUCCUCAGCUAGCCAUGCUGGCUGGGGAAUUCUGGGACUUGAGGUCCCCCCGUCUUAAACGUUGCCAAAGUUUUUAAAAAAGCAACAGUGGCAUAUGCCAUCCAUUAACCCCUUUGCCCUUCAUACCUAAACCCAGCCUGUAGCCUUCCCUAACCUCAAUUCUUGCUGACUGUGAAUUAUGGGAGUUGUAGUUACAACACAUUUGAAGAGCAGGAGGUUUGGGAGAAGCAUAGAAUUCCAGAUUUUAUCUUUGUAAGUUAGGGGGUCCAGGAAUUAAUCAAUUAAUUGAUUAAUUCUCUCUCUCUCUCUCUCCCCGAAACAACUUCAGAGGAUCUAUAUCUUUUCCUUCAAACAGUUCUGGGUAAAUUCUAAGCUUUAGAAUUGUCCGUGGC